GACCUGUGCAGUUUAGAUGGAUGUAUUGUUUUGAACGAUACAUGGGCCAUCUAAAGAAAAAAGUAAAAAAUAAGGCAAAAGUAGAAGGAUCGAUUGUUGAACAAUACAUCAACGAAGAAAUUUCUACUUUUUGUACUUAUUACUUUGAACCACACAUAAAGACAAAACAUCGAACAGGAGAUCGACACUAUGAUGGAGGUAAUCAAGACGAUACUCAUGAGUUUGAUGGAAUUCCAGAUAUAUUUUCUCAGGCAGGGAGGGGCAGUGGUAAAGAAAUACAGAUAUGGCUCCAAGAUAGAGAUUAUCAUAUUGCACAUACAUAUAUUUUGCAGAACUGCGAUCAAUUAAGAUCAUUUGAAAGGUUAUUUGAUGAGAGCAUGAUUGCGACUAAUCCUGGGAUUACUGAAAACAAUUUAACCGAGCUUAGAGAAAAAACAUAUUCAAGCUGGUUACAAAAACAUGUGGAAGAUACCUUGAACAAUAAUUCAUAUCCAAAUUGGUUGUUGAGUCUCGCUCAUGGUCCAAUGGUUCAAGUUACUAGUUGGCCAAUGUAUUUUUGUCGUGGAUAUAUGUUUCACACAUAUGAUCAUGGGAAAGACAAAAAGAAUGCCAAUUAUGGAGUUUGUGUGAAAGGUGUAACACCUUCCAGCUCAAGUGAAGAAGCUGCUGAGUUUUAUGGAGUAUUGAAAGAGAUUUAUGAGCUGCAUUAUCCAGGACCAGUUGAUCUUAAAGUCGUGGUUUUCAAAUGUGAUUGGUAUGAUUCAACCAUUGGGAAAGGUAUACGAAAAAACAAGUCAGGGAUCAUUGAUAUUAAUGCUAAAAGGCAUUAUCAAAAGUACGAUCCUUUUGUUUUGGCUUCACAAGCAGAUCAGGUAUGUUAUGUUCCAUAUCCAAGAAUGACUCAGCCGAAAAAGAUCAACAAUGGGAAGCAGCAAUUACGAUACAGCCAAGAGGAAAAGUAUUGGUCAACCAAAAUCUGGAUUUCACUGCACUGCAACAUGAUAACACUAAUUCUGUUGUCCAAUCUGAUUCAUUGCACAUUGAGACACUAUUAUAUCCAGAUGGUCAACCAGAAGAUCUUGAUGAUCCAAUACUAGAAGAAGAAGUUGGAUCAGACGCUGAAGAUGGGAAUUCUGAUAUCGAAUUAACUACUGACGACGAA